CAAAAAAUCACCCUGGGAACAAGAAAAAUCAUCAAAAAUCACCCUGGGAACACCAAAAAUCACCCUGGGAACAAUAAAAACCACCUUGGGACCCCAAAGAUCACCCUGGAAACACCAAAAACUUUCUGGGACUCCCCAGAUAACCCUGGGACCCCCCUUAAACCCCCUGACAGCCCUUGGGACCCCCCAAAAACCCCAAAUCUUCCCUCGAGUCCCUCCCAGGACCCCCCAAAAUCCCUCCCUCACCUUCCUUCGCCCCUUUCGGGGGUCCCAAACCCCGGUGAUCCCCGGAUUUUCCGUGUCCCCCCACAGGUGACGUCCCUCGGGGGGUCCCCGGUGGCGGCCGUGUGGUCGGAGCGGGGCCAGGUGGAGGUGCUGGAACUGGGGAGGGCCCUGAGGGUCCUGGAGGGGCCAUCUGGGGAGGGGGAUUCCAGGAGGGGGCAGAGGAGCGUGCAGCAGGGGGCUCUGCCCGAGCUCGCCACCUUCAGCGGACACCUGGACGAAGGGUUCGCGCUGGACUGGAGCCCACAGAGCCCAGGCCGGCUGCUGUCCGGGGACGUCCGCGGGCGCAUCCAUCGCUGGGAGCCGCGCGAGGCCGGCUGGGCCGUGGACCAGCGGCCAUUGCUCGGCCACGGCGGCAGCGUGGAGGACAUCCAGUGGUCACCCAGCGAGGCCUCGGUGUUCAUCUCGUGCUCCUCGGACGCCUCCAUCCGCGUGUGGGACGUGCGGGCGCCGCCGCCCCGCGCCUGCCAGCUGAGCGUGGCCUCGGCGCACGACGGCGACGUCAACGUCGUGUCCUGGA